CAACCACCGGGACUCAGAUUCUCCCCAGAAGCCAAAGAUGCGGCCAUGGUGCCCCGAACCCUCCUCCUGCUGCUCUCGGGGGCCCUGGCCCUGACCGAGACCUGGGUGGGCUCCCACUCCUUGAGGUAUUUCAGCACCGCUGUCUCCCGGCCCGGCCGCGGGGAGCCCUGGUACCUCGAAGUCGGCUACGUGGACGACACGCAGUUCGUGCGGUUUGACAGCGACGCGGCGAGUCCGAGGAUGGAGCCGCGGGCGCCGUGGAUGGAGCAGGAAGGGCCGGAGUAUUGGGACCGGAACACACGGAACGCCAAGGUCAACGCAGAGACUUUCCGAGGGGACUUGAGGAACCUGCUCCGCUACUACAACCAGAGCGAGGCAGACCCAGGAUCCAGGAGAGCCCCAGGCGCCUUUACCCGGUUUCAUUUUCAGUUUAGGCCACAAUCCCCGCAGGUUGGUCGGGGCGGGGACGGGAAUCGGUGGGGAGGCCUGACCGCGGGGGCGGGGCCAGGGUCUCACACCUUCCAGUGGAUGUACGGCUGCGACCUGGGACCCGACGGGCGCCUCCUCCGCGGGUACCGGCAGUUCGCCUACGACGGCAGGGAUUACAUUGCCCUGAACGAGGACCUGCGCUCCUGGACCGCCGCAGACACGACGGCUCAGAUAACGCAGCGCAAGUGGGAGGCGGCCCGUGCGGCGGAGAAGCUGAGAGCCUACCUGGAGGGCGAGUGCCUGGAGUGGCUCCGUAGAUACCUGGAGAACGGGAAGGAGACGCUGCAGCACGCGGACCCCCCAAAGACACACGUGGCCCACCACCCCGUCUCUGACCAUGAGGCCACCCUGAGGUGCUGGGCCCUGGGCUUCUACCCUGCGGAGAUCACACUGACCUGGCAGCAGGAUGGGGAGGAGCAAACUCAGGACACUGAGCUUGUGGAGACCAGGCCAGCAGGGGAUGGAACCUUCCAGAAGUGGGCAGCUGUGGUGGUGCCUUCUGGAGAAGAGCAGAGAUACACGUGCCAUGUGCAGCACCAGGGGCUGCUGGAGCCCCUCACCCUGAGAUGGGAGCCGUCUUCCCAGUCCACCAUCCCCAUUGUGGGCAUCGUUGCUGGCCUGGCUGUCCUAGGAGCUGUUGUCGCUGCUGUGAUGUGGAAGAGGAAGAGCUUAGGUAGCAACAGUGCCCAGAGCUCUUGUGUGUCUCUCAUGGAUUCUAAAGGCUGAGAAAGCUGCCUUACAUGGGACUGAGAUGCAGGAUUUCUUCACAUCUCCCCUUUGUUACUUCAAGAGCCUCUGGCAUCUCUUUCUGCGAAGGCAUCUGAAUGUGCCUGCCUCCCUGUCAGCAUAAUGUGAGGAGGUGGAGAGACAGCCCACCCCCGUGUCCACCGUGACCCCUGUUCCCACGCUGACCUGUGUUUCCUCCCCAGUCAUCCUUCCUGUUCCUGAGAGGUGGGGCUGGAUGUCUCCACCUCUGUCUCAACUUCAUGGUGCGCUGAGCUGCAACCUCUUACUUCCCUACUGAAAAUGAGAAUCUGAAUAGAAAUUUGUUUUCUCAAAUAUUUUCCAUGAGAGGUUGAUGGGUUAAUUAAAUAAGUCAAUUCCUAGAAUUUGAGAGAGGAAAUAAAGACCUGAGAAUCUUCCAGAA